CCCACAGAAAACACCCUUGAAAAACAUCUUUGGCACCCUUGAAAACAUCUGGGAAACACCCUUGAAAACACUCUUAGAAAACACCCUUGAAAACACUCUUAGAAAACACCCUUGAAAACACUCUUAGAAAACACCCUUGAAAACACUCUUAGAAAACACCCUUGAAAACCACAUCAACUUCCACUGAAAACCCUAUCUGAAGUGAAAACACCCACACGAAUGUUUGAGAAUACUAUCCCUAUAUUUUCACCCGUGCAGGAGAGUUCGUGGGGCAGGAGCACAGAUACAUAUCCACAGCGCCACCUUACGUAUUCAUACCUCGUAAUUGUCUCCCUUAAUGGAAUAAUUCGGAUGAUCCACUUAGAUAGACAGCAGGAGAUAAGGCAAAACACUCCCAAUAGCCUUUUACUGACGCAGAGCUGGGCAGUUUGGGACAGAAGGAGCUAUGAAGAGGUACCUUGGCUCACCUGCGCGCCUCCUCCUUGGCCUCACCUGUGCUCUGGUGAUGGGGGCUUCUCCAGGUGAGGGCGUGGCGGUGGCGGCUGUGGAGUCUUCGAAAGGCAACCUGUGCAGGACCUUCCCCCAAAAUGCUACCUUCCCUGAGGACUUCCCCAGCGAGAACGCCUCCUCUGUGGGCGUGUGCGCGCUGGCAAGACCCGAGAUGAAGCAGCCCAACCCAUACAGCCACAUCAUGUCCUUUCAGUCCAGUGGCGCCUCUGUGGUUGUCGGCAUCAACUCCUCCCUCUCUCUGUGGCUGAAGGCCGGCGAGGAGAAACACCACCUGAACGACUCCCUGAAGGCCGAGGCGUGGAACAUGGUGUGCGUGGGCCUGUCUGUCGCCCACGACACGCCCACGUCCACGCCCGAGGAGAAGCACCCACCAGCAAAAGCUUAUCAGGUGUGGGCGUCCCUGCAAGGCCUCCCCCUGGACGUGCCCCUCGGUGCCAACAUCACGGAGUGGGAGGAGGAUGUCAAGGUGUGCGUGGGCACCUCUAGCAAGAGGGACGCCUCCUUCACGGGCUUCGUCACGGGCGUCACGCUGCAGGUGGGGAAGGGGGAGCUGACCCCCGACAACUGCUCCCUGCUGCUGGAGGCCAACCAGCUGACGGCGCCGCUCAAUGAGUCCUGGACGCCCCACGGCCCUGUCUUCGCCCUGGAGGAGGACCUGCGGGAGCCUUGCAACACACCCGUGCUCACGCUGGUGCUGCGCGAGACCUGGGAUCACGACAAGGCGCUGCGCUGGUGCCGCAGCCUGGGCGGUCACUUCCCCACGGAGGAGGUCACCGUGGGCAUGAUGACCUUGAACUGCACCUCUGAGGAGCACCUGUCGUGGACGAGCGACGCCAGCGAGAGGAAGGAGGGCCCCACCGCCACCUGCCCCGUGCUGCUGGCGAGCGGCGGUGUGGGGCGGCUCCCCUGCCUAAGUGAGCUGGAGUGCAGCCUGUGCCAGGUGCCCGCCGGCCUGCCCUACACGCUCUUCGGCGCCCUCACAGACUUCGACCGCCACUACCGCCUCAGCGCGCGGCAAGACGGCUUCUUCUUCUUCCAGGGCGAGACCAGCAACAUCACGCGCUCGGCGGCUGGCUGGACCCUGCAGUCCAGGCUGCACCGCCGCCAGCUGCACCUCAACGGCAGCGUGGGCGUGAUGGGGCGCCGCGCCUGGCGCUCUUCGAGCCACGCCCACGCCGCGGACACCCUCACCUUCACGGUGUGCAACGCCAUUCAGUUUUCCUCCGACGACGGCGUGUGUGUGCUGCGCAGUGAGCGCUGUGACGGGCGCGUUCACGCCCCGGACAUGAGUGACGAGGAGGACUGCGGCAGCCGGCGCCUCCUGGGCAAGGACGCGCACUACGACCCCGGCGUGCGGCCCUUCGCCGGCCAGAAGCUCACCAUCUACUACAUGUUCGAGGUCAUGGUGGUGAACAAGAUGGAGACGGACAAGGGCUUGGCCAACGUGGAGCUCAACCUGCACCUGCGCUGGGAGGACGACAGGCUCAGGUUCGUCGACACCAAGAUGGGCCGCAACAGCUUCCCCUGCCACCAGAUCUGGACGCCCACCUUCCUAAUGUUUGCGGGGUACUACAUCGGCCCCGCCGUGCACCCCGCCGCCAACAGGACCUUGUGCUACCUCUACUGGGAGGAGAUGCCGCGCCAGGAGCACCAGCUGGACGACCCCCUCAUGGGCAGGUACAUGACCAGGGCCAACAUCUCGCAGUACAAUAACUUCGUGGCCUCGUACCCGUGUCUGCUGCGUGUGUCCAGGUACCCCUUCGGCAAGUACAUGUGUAACCUCACCUUCAGCCUCUUCGGGGACCACGAGAACGUUGACUGGAAGGUGAUCGACCCCCGCCAGGAGAAUGGGAACCCGCCCAUUCUUUACUACUACGGGGACCACGACCUACUCGAUUACAAACUGGAGAAGAUAACUUUAUACGUCCACAAUAAUAUGAUGAUUCUCACCUUGCACCUGAUUGGCCAGCCGGAUUACCACUUGAUCAAU